AUGCCUGCGCUGGGGGGAGAUGGACGAGUGUGGAUCAACGUGGACUGCUGUGGGCUGUUCACAGCGACAAUGACAUAUGCCCUCAUGGUCCUUGGGCUUCUUGGCGCAUUACAUCUCCUGGACAUUGGCACAUCAGUGGGGCUGUUCCUCUUCUUGCUGUUGUUUGGGACCGUUUCGUUGGCGGGGCUAUCGCACAUGCGCUGCAUGCUCACAGAUCCCGGCUCCGUUCCCUCGCUGCCGCGGGAGAUUGAGCUGGAACAUAUUCCAAAGGGGGAGCUGCGGUUACGCAACGGGGAGUACGUGUCCGUGUGUCGCAGGUGCCACACGUACAAGCCCGAGAGGGCGCACCACUGCAGCGUGGUGAACAACUGUGUGGGCGAGAACAACCAGAAGUUCUUCAUCUUGUUUACGGCAUACAUCUUUCUCUCGGCCCUGGUGCUGCUUCUCAUCAUUAUACAUCAUUUCCGCUCGUGUCCAAGCCCACGAGAGUGCAUUUUCGAUUCAGACCGGGCGUUACGACCGCUCGUGGUGUUUGGGCUGAUCAUGGAAAGCCUGUUGUUUGGCCUCUUUACUCUCAUUAUGACAUGUGAUCAGCUGUACAACAUUGCAAACGAGACUUCCACCAUCGACCGUAUCAAGGGGUCCAAGUUGGGCAGAGCGGCCGAAUCAACUGUAGACAAGCUACGAGUCGUUUUUGGUUCCCAUCCUCACUGGACAUGGCUGCUGCCCCUUGAGGGUGCUGAGUUGCGGUUUCGAAAGAGACAGCUUGAGCAUGUUGUGUAG